CAGGCAGGCAGGCAGGCCGCAGCAGCUUCCCUCCAUUUCUUUGUGGGUUUUGGUCGUUCGUUGCGGAGGCCGAGUCUCUUGUCAUCUGCUGCCACUGCUGCUGCUGCCGCUGCACUCAUUUCCCGCAGCUCUCGCGUCUCUCGCGUUCGCUCGCUCGCCCGCUCGCUCGCUAGCUUCCUGGAUCCAAUCUCUCUCGGCGCUCCGAGCACGCACCGCACGUGUUCUAUCGAAGGCGAGCACCGCGCGCAGCCUGAGAGUUCCGUGCGCUGGCAUUCGACCACGGGGGAUUGCCGCGACGAGGUUGGGGGCAGGGUGUGCAGAUUGUGGGUUUCAAAGCGUGUCUGGAGAGCCUCGGGGCCUGGGCUUGCCGUUGUAGGGUUUAUUCUUUGUCAUAUUUUUUUUUCGAGUCCAGCGGACGGAGGCGCAGUGAAGAGCGCUGGAGGGCGUAGGGCAAGGAGAAACGGGAAGGGAGGGAGGGAGGAGGGAGGAGGGCGUGGAGAUUGGGGUCGGAGGGUAAUUUGGAUCUUUUGGAUGCCGGCGUCCGGGCUUUUUUCUUCAUGGAGCGCUUGUCGGUUGGGGUGGAGCCAUGGUUUGAUUUCUCCGUGCGGUUGUAAUUGAUAAGAAGCAUGGGGCGGUGUGAGCACUGAGAUUCGAGCUUUUCGGUGGUUUUCGAUUCGUUGAGUUUGUUGCGGAUGGAUUUCGCUAGGCUGUUAUGGCGAGCAUGCGUUUAGCUCUUCGUGUUGCAAAUUCGGAAAGAGCCCUGUGCACUCCGGGGACAGGUCCGGAAUAGGGUCUGCAGUGGCGGGUUCAGUCCCAGGUGACAGGGAGGGAGGGCGCAUUCGGGUGGCCGCCGUGGUUUUCGACGUGAGGUGGACCCGUCGGGGCCAAGAAGCGGCAGCGGAGGGAGUUGCUGACGGAAGAUGAGUUCCCGGACGCGCAGUGGUAAAUGAAGUUUUUAUUGUGGAGUCUGGAGUCUCGUUGGACAGCAGUGACGAAGAGGGCUGAUCGGCGUGCCAGUUUCGAAUAAAGGAAGCGAGGCAGCGCGGAAGGCAAUGCCUCGAUCAAUCUCACGAUCUCCUCCCCGGAAGGGGAGACGGCGAUCACCCGUACGGACUCCAUCUCCAUCGAGCCAUCGGCACAGCAGUAGGAGGAGCAGGCGAGAUCAUAGAAGCCGCUCCCCCGCUCAUCCGCAUUCUCAUGGCAGACGCAAGAGUCGGUCACCUUCUCCCCGUCGGGGAAAGCAACGUCGUGAGCGACAAAGCCGAAGUCGCUCACGCUCUCCACCGUCACACAAGUCUCGGAGUCCAAGUCUUUUAUCGUUGGAGAGGAGGAGGGCUGCUGAAAGGGCCCGUGAGGAAGAAGAGCUGGAGAAGAAGAGGAGACAGCAAGAAGCAGAGAUGAAACUUGUUGAAGAAGAGACAGCGAGGAGAGUGGAAGAGGCAAUAAGGAAGAAAGUUUCUGAAGCUUUGGCCUCGGAGGAAAUGAAGAAAGAAGUCGAACUCAGAAUCCUGGAAGGUCGAAAGAAGAUAUUUGAAGACAUAGAGAACCAACUCCAGCAAGAAAAGGAUGAGGCGCUUGCGGAAGCUAAGAGAAAAGAGGAGCAAGUACGACGAGAGAAAGAGGAGUUGGAGAAGAUGUUAGAGGACAACCGAAGGAAGAUCGAAGAGUCACAAAGACGAGCGGCCGAAGAACAGGCACGGAAGGAAGAAGAGCGGUACAGGGAACUGGAAGCUCUACAGCGACAAAAAGAAGAACAAUUGCGACGAAAGAAGUUGGAAGAGGAGCAGAAUAGAACAGAGCAGAUGAAGAUUCUAGGAAAGAAAAACACAAGACCCAAGCUGUCAUUUGCUCUAGGUUCGAAGUGAAUAGAGUUUUCAAAAGUCUGCCGAUUAAAUCUCACCUUUGCAUUUGCGAUUACUGUGUUCUUAGACUUCCUCCAACUUGUUUAGCGGAAAGUUAGAGCGGAAGGCACGCUCGCUGUCCACCGAAGUUGUACAUGUGUAAGUUUUCAUGAUACUCGUUUUCGAGUGUUAUAAUAUAGAGGGCUUCCAGCCUGUGUUUCAUGG